GUAUCAAUCUUCAGUUCUUGUUUGCUGAUACUAGCAGCUUAAAAGAUUAACCAAGUUAGAUGAUAAAGUAAAGCUCGCUUGUUUGAGACAUUAACAGUGUAUGAAUGAGACACCUAGUGCUAGUUCCUUACUGAAUCAAUAUCUUUAUAUUUUGUUCAUUUUUUAGCAAAAAUUUUUGCAUGAUUUCAAAUGUUGAAAGUCAAUAUAGAGGUUAAUAAAUUAACUAUCGAUGCUCAUUUUAAAUGUAGAGGUAAAACUUAGUCAACUUUAUGACAAUUUUCAGUUAUUCAACUGUUCAUAGAUGCAACCAGGUGAAAAUCAUUACACUACAACGAUUUAGUGUGCUUAGUUUUGUUUUUACGUUUUCUUACUAGUCAAUAUUUCAAAUAAAACCAUGGAUGAUGCUUGGGAUUAUUUUGCUCAACAAUCUGCCCCGCCGACUGAAACAAAUACCUUGUUGGAAGAAAGCGUGGAAGAAAUGACGUCUUUGCCACCAUUUACAUCUCUAUCUUCAAGUGAUUUAGAAUCCAUAUUGAACUCACUUUUACCUGGCGAUGAGACACCUCAAAACCAUAUGGACUAUGGAACUGGUUGUACUGUCAAUGCAAACAACGAUUGUGAUAUAAUUUCAAGCUUCAAUUCGAUCGAUCAAAUUGAACCAUUUCAGGAGUACAAUAACCAAAUUUGCUUAAAUAAUAACACACAAAAUUGUGAAAAUAGCAAUUUUACAAGUAGCUCAUCGUAUGAUGCCUUAGACCGCUUUUGGCCUCGUACACCAGUGAUCAUUUAAAAUCUUCAUCUCUUCUCACUACUGAUACUUCUGAUGCUUCUCUUCAAAUCGAGACAAUUUUUUAUUCAACCCAUAACAGUAAUUAUUUGAUGGAACCUUCUGAUAACUCUCAGAGAGUCCAGACUUGGCCUUCACUGCUUCUUCGCUCUGGCACACAUCAAAAAUCUAUUAUUUUGCCCACGAUAGACCCAGGUUUUAAACCAGCACUUUCCCUGUGUACGGAUACUUCACUUGUUGAUGAACCAUGGAAACCAAGUGUGGCAAAGAAAAUUUUAGCGGCUUAUUAUACACCGCUAAGCUUGAAGUCAGAGUUGCUAGCUACUAAAGCAGCUCUUAAUGAAUUUCAAUCACUUGCUAUGCAAGAAGCUGUGAUGGCUUUUCAUGAUAUUGCUUUUCACAAUAACAUUACCAUCAAACAAGGACGAUCUAAUUUUCCUGAUGUUGGUCCAAAAACCAUUGUUAAAGCAUGUAGAAGAGUAAAGGGGUUCAGGCGAUUGCUAGACGAUGAUAAAGUCACUCUCUUGUCAAGUGGACUUUUGGAUGUAAUGGUACUGAGAAGUGUUCUCCUUUAUGAUCACCUAACCGACAGUUGGAGUUGUUCAGGUUCACGAUUUGCUAGAAACGACGUUUUCCAGGAUCUUUCUUUACUAAUUGGACUUACUCGUGUUAUUGAGACUUUUCCAGAUCGAUGGCGAAAAGAUUUAACAGUUGCAUGUCUUAUUUACUUAAUCAUUAUCUUCAAUCCAGAUCUACCUUAUCUCCAAUUCAGCGGAUCCAUAAGGCAAGAACAAUACACUUACAUUUACCUGUUGCAACGAUAUUUGGAGAUGGCUUGUAAAUCUCCAUGUGACGCCUCCGAUUACCAUUAUCGUUUGAUGGCCAAAAUCGAAGAUAUUCAAAACCUGCGACGAGACAUGCAAAAAUUUUGUGAAGUGUUGUACCCAAAUUUCUCAAUAUUGAAGUCUAUAGCUACAUUGGUGAAGUUCAAAAUUACUUGCCAUUAAUAAUUAUUAAAAAUUUAUUUUUCUCAUUGCUAUUUAA